AUGGACUGUGUGCAGACUCCCUCGGAUACCACCGGCAAAAAGUCUAUCUACGACUUUGAAGGCUAUGUUAAUGAUGAUGACGAUGACCGUACAGAAGUACGGGACACUGCAAUUGACCCUAUCUGGGAGAAACAACAAAAGAAGACUUUCACAGCGUGGUGCAAUCUCCAUCUCAAAAAAGUAAAUGCCGAAAUUGAGAGCAUCGAAAACGAUUUCCGCAAUGGGCUCAAGCUCUUGCUACUGUUAGAAGUUAUAUCUGACGAAAAGCUGCCGAAACCAGAGAGAGGAAAGAUGCGCGUUCAUCAAAUUUCGAAUGUGAACAAGGCUCUUGACUUUAUAAAAAGCAAAGGUGUUAAGUUGGUCUCGAUAGGCGCCGAAGAAAUUGUGGAUGGUAAUGUAAAGAUGACACUUGGCAUGAUAUGGACUAUCAUCUUGCGGAUAUUCAAGAAGGCUGUAAGAGAGAUUUCCCUUAAUAAGCUUUCUUCAGCAUUUUCUGCGAACGAAGGCCUCCUGCUCUGGUGUCAGCGGUCCACAAAAGGAUACGCUAAUGUCAAUGUUACUAACUUCAAUACAAGGUACACAUUUCACUUACUUUCAUUUCGCAGCUUCAAAGAUGGUCUCGCAUUCUGUGCGCUUAUACAUCGUUAUCAUCCUGACCUGUUGGACUUUAAUUCUCUGAAACCAGGAGAACCCCUUGAAAAUUUAAACAAAGCAUUUACGGUUGCAGAAGAACAGCUGGGCAUCCCAAAAAUGUUGGAUCCUGAAGAUAUGGUUAAUUCCGUCAAGCCUGAUGACCGCUCGGUCAUGGCUUAUGUCUCUUGCUACUAUCAUUCGUUUGCUGGGACCCUUAAAGCAAAUGUGGCAACCUCCAGGGUAUGCAAAGCACUCGAGGUUUCUCAGAUGAGCGACCAAUUAUGUGAGGAGUAUGACACAAUCUUCAGCAACCUAGCAGACUGGAUAAAAGAAAAAAAAGUUGAUUUUGAAAAACGUGAACCGAAUGAAUCAAUAACUGAGGCCGAAGCUAAGCUCCAGGCCCUCAGACAGUAUCGUGCUGAAGAAAAGCCCUUAAAGAUUGAGGAGAAAGCUCGUCUUGAAACAACCUUCAGAACACUCCAAACUCGUCUGCGCCUUAAUAAUCGUCCUGCCUAUUUACCAAAGGAGGGAAUGCUGAUUGCAGAUAUUAUAGCUUUAUGGAAACAACUAGAAAUAUGUGAGCGCCAAUACGAGGUAAAAUAG